UGCUCCCUGCUCGGGAUUGGACGAGACGCCCAGACGAUCCUCUUUCACAGCGCGAAGGCGCAGUUGCAGCAGCCUGGCAAGGAGGGUGGCAGCGGGGGUCCCGGACAGAACUUACAGCCAAGCGGGCACAAGAGGCUGGAGCCGGAGACUCACGAGAAUCUGUGCUGCCUGUCCGGACCGUGCGCUGGUCACCAUGAGCGCUGCGCCGCCGGUUUUCCUAGGCUCCGAGGUGGUGGAGAAGCACUUGCACCGCGCCAGCCUCCUGAUCCCUUCGCUGGAAGCUGCCCUGGCCAAUUUCUCCAGCGGUGCGGAGGGAGGCGUCGUGCAGCCCAUGCGCACCGUGGUGCCGGUGCAGAAGUACAACGGAUUUUUAGGGGUCAUGCCUGCUUACAGUUCAAAGGAUGAUGCUCUAACAACUAAACUGGUAACCUUCUAUGAACACAAAAAGGAUUCUUCUGUUCCCUCUCACCAAGCAACUAUAUUACUCUUUGACCCAAGAAAUGGCUCUUUAAAAACUAUCAUGGAUGGCAGUGUCAUUACAGCAAAACGAACUGCUGCAGUUUCCGCGAUAGCUACCAAGUUCUUAAUGCCAGCUGAUUCAGAAGUGCUGUGCAUUCUCGGAGCUGGUGUUCAAGCCUAUAGCCAUUAUGAGGUCUUCACAGAGCAGUUCUCAUUUAAAGAGGUCAGGAUAUGGAAUCGCACUAAGGAAAAUGCUGUAAAGUUUGCUCGCUCAGCUAAGGGUCCAGUGCAGGUUUGCUCCUCUGCUCAGGAGGCUGUCACCGGAGCUGAUGUGAUUAUAACAGUCACUAUGGCAACAACGCCAAUUUUAUUUGGAGAGUGGAUAAAACCAGGUGCCCAUAUCAAUGCCAUUGGGGCAAGCAGACCAGACUGGAGAGAGCUGGAUGAUGAAGUGAUGAAGAAGUCUGUCCUAUAUGUGGAUUCUCGAGAGGCUGCUCUGAAUGAAUCAGGAGAUGUUAUAUUAUCAAGGGCAGAGAUUUUUGCAGAGCUGGGAGAGGUAGUGAAAGGGACGAAACCAGCCUUGUCUGAGAAAACAACAGUGUUCAAAUCACUGGGGAUUGCAAUUGAAGACACUGUGGCAGCAAAAUUAGUUUAUGAUUCCUGGUCAGCUGGUAACUAAAACGAAGAGCCUGCAAUACUAAGAAGGACAAAAUAAGAUAAAGAAAGUGGUUCACGCUUAGUUUUCUUGUACCAUUUCUUUAUAAGAAAAGGAAGUAAUUCAUAGGGAAUAUAGUACUUUAUAACUUUCAAUAGCCAAUAUUAAAGUUACAACAUAUACAGCACUUACUUUUAUUUUUUAAUGUCAGAUAUCUAAUGUUUGUAAAGUUACUAACAAAUGUAUUUCUGUGCAUUUUGAUAUCCUUUGGAAUAAACCACUUUUGCUCACUAAUGUACCAUAACUAGCAGAAAAACAGUGUGCAGAUUUCUUGUCUGUGGAGAGCUAAUUGGAACUGUGGUAAAAUGCACUAAUGUGGAGACUGCAGUUUAAAUCUGGUAUCAUGUCACUAGUGAUAGCAGUCUCACUUGAAAUUCCAGUGGGAUAGUUCUCAGCAUGAUGAAACUAUCCUCAUUCUAACAUCUAUCCAUCUGGUCUCUAGAAAGGUCUGAAUCUGGAAUGCCAGAAAUGCUGUAGGUUGCAGUUAGAGUGUGUUAAUCAAAAAGGCUAAAUAGUUAAUCAUGUUCAGUGCUUUGCUGUGCUGGGACUUAGUAUUAUCAGUUUAUGAUGGUCAUGAGAUUCAUCCAAAACUUCAGCAUUAAACAAUUUUUUCUUUAAAAAUAAAUAGAUAAUAUUGUACCUAUUCUGUUGGGAGACUUCCUGAUUUAAUAUGUUCAUAAAUUCUCUACUAAGGCUCUCUUAGGUUAGAGCCAUGCUGACUUAUUCCAAUGGGAUAAACUUCUUUCCAGUGUAAAGACAAACCUUUUCAGUGCUGAGGUUUGUUUGUGUCUUGAGUAGGUGAGUGGACUGGUAAUUAUGCGUUUAGCCAUAUGAGCAUUGCUUUAAAGGACCCUCUGUAUCUUUCUUUCAAGGAGCCAGGGUGACAUGUUAGGUAAGAAAAAGUUUCUGUUCUGUGCUAACAACUCAAUUGUUUUGCAUAGACUGCACAUCUGUUAAUAGCUGGCUCUUGCCUUGGGAAAGAGUACUGAGUUUUGGGCUGCAUUUGUGCCUUAUAAAAUUGUAUCUACAUUUUAUACCAUGCAGGUAAUUAAAUAUUUCUUCAUUCCAUGGGAACAUAUGUAGCACAGUAAUUUGUAAUGCGCUAAUACAGUACAGAGAAGCAAUAGACAAGAGGUACAGCAGAAUUUAUUAAAUCUCUAGGUGGUGCAUGAGUAAAUUUAUAAAGAGAAUUAUGGGUGAAAGUCACAGGUGACAUAAUUUGUGUGUAAGUUACAAGUCUUUUGUAAACUAGUCAGAAAAUGGCAAUAACUUGCAUAGUGGUGUAAUUUGCAUAGAUUUAGCAUUGAGGAGUAACAAACCCUUAAAUCUUUUGGGUCAAACGAUGCUCUCUUUUACAUGGAUGCAAAAUCCAGAGUAACUCCACUGACUUUCCACUGGUAUAAGUGAAUGAAGAAUUUGUCCUCUUAACCUUUGCAUUUUUAAGUUGUAAUUAUGUGACCUUAGAAAUUCUGUUUUGAAAAAAAAUCACAUUUAAUGUACUCGAUAUUUUCAAAUGUGUGCAUUUAUUUAGCAGUGACGGACUAACAACACUGGGAUAAUCCAAGUGUAACGUGGACUGCCAGAGCAAGUUUCCACACAUAACUCUGGCAAAACAGCACCAUCUAGCAAAACUGCCAUCCCAGUGCUAUGCCUCUCUUGAACAAGGAUUGCAGUUCUGGCCAGACUGAGUAAUGUUUUGAGGUGGGGCACCAAUGGGGUGUGAAAUGAGAACACCAAAUGGUUCAUUUCCACAUGUGAAAUAAGCCAGCCUUUGUAUUUUGUACUCUGAAGGUAGAACAAUUUAUGCACUAAUUCACUGCCCAGUGUUUUAUGUUGAUGUCUGAAAAUAAAAAAUGAGAUGGAUCCAAUUGAAGGACUUGAUCCUGACCACAUGGAACUUCUGUUAGCUUCAGUGGGAAAAGCAGGUGCUCAGAGCCAGGCUCCAAAACUUCACAACUGGCCAUUUCUAAACUUUUGGGAAGUUUUAGAUUGAACUUUGGAUCCAGUUUUCAUAAACCAAAUAUUCAGAUCCAAAUGCUCCCCAAUUUUGUAAACAUUCAGAGCUGAAUCUGAACAUUACAGCUUGGUCCCAUCUCUAAUAAAAAUAAUUCUUGGUCA